AUGCUGUCCGCAUGCUCUGUUGCCUUUAGGGCGGGUGCCCGCCGGAGCGUUCGACGGCUGCCGACCAAAGCCCGCGUCGUCGCUGUCACCCCCUCCGUUCAGCGCCAAAAGCCGUUCUCGUCAUCUGCAGCCCGGACUACCGAUCUCAGCACGAGGGCUAUGAUAGUGCAGACACUAUCGUCCGUUGGGUCGAAGCGUGAAGUUCAGCAGUACCUCUCCCUCUUCACAUCGGUCUCGUCGCAACGCUUCGCCGUUAUCAAGGUUGGCGGCGCCAUCUUGACGGAAUACCUCGACGAGCUAUGCUCUAGCUUGGCCUUCCUCUACACCGUCGGCCUGUACCCCGUCAUUGUGCAUGGCGCCGGUCCCCAGCUGAACACCCUCCUGGAGCAGGCCGGCAUCGAGCCGCAGUUCGAGGAAGGCAUCCGCAUUACCGAUGCUAAGACGCUUCGCGUGGCGCGAGACCUCUUCCUCAAGGAGAACCUUAACCUUGUCAACAAGCUGGAGGAGAAGGGUGUCCAUGCUCAGCCCCUGGCGACUGGCAUGUUUAGGGCCGACUACCUCAACAAGGACAAGUGGGGUUAUGUCGGAAAGGUCACUGGCGUUAACAAGCAGGCGAUCGAGACGGCAAUCAACAAUGGCUAUCUCCCGAUUCUUACUUCGAUGGCCGAGACCGACGAUGGCCAGAUUCUCAAUGUCAAUGCCGACGUUGCUGCCGCUGAGCUGGCUCGCGCUCUCGAGCCCCUCAAGGUGGUGUAUCUUUCCGAGAAGGGGGGGUUGUUUGACGCCGCGGGUCAAAAGAUUUCCGCCAUAAAUCUGGAUGAGGAGUUUGACCACCUCAUGUCUCAAGAGUGGGUCAAAUACGGCACUCGCCUGAAGAUUAAAGAGAUCAAGGAACUUUUGGACACGCUGCCGCGGACGACAAGUGUUGCCAUCAUCCACCCCGGCGAUCUUCAGAAGGAGCUGUUCACGGACUCGGGCGCUGGAACUCUCAUUAGACGUGGCAACAAGCUUCUUUCUGCCACGAGCCUCUCUGAUUUCAAAGAUCUCGACGCUCUUAAGCAGGUUCUGGUUCGGGAUCGAGAGGGCCCUGAUGCCGCCGCGACCGUUGACAAAUAUCUCGACUUCCUCAAGGAGAACUCUUUCAAGGCAUACUAUGACGAGCCCAUGAACGCGCUUGCGAUCGUUCUCCCGGCACGUGACGGCCGACAGGCUACUCUUGCGACACUCACCAUCACGAAGUCUGGUUGGCUGACCAACGUUGCCGACAACAUCUUCACCACCCUUCAAAAGGAACACCCUGAGCUUGUGUGGACUGUCAAGGAGGACGACGAGAACCUCAGCUGGUUCUUCGAUAAGGCCGAAGGCAGCAUUACGCAAGACGGAGAUGUCAUGUUCUGGUACGGCAUCCAGAACAAGCCCGUGCUCGUUCAGCUGAUGCAGGACUUUACACAACACGGCCGAGCUAUGCUUGGUGAUUCCAAUCUCGAGUCUCGGCUCCACCGCGCUGCAAACAACUCGUCCAAGCCUGUCCUCCAACAGGCCCGGGGUUAUUCGACCUUAGCUCGCCGUCCUGUGCUCUCCACUCCAGUUUUCUCGCAGUCCAAGGGCAGAGGAUACGUGACUCAGACAAACCCAAACCCUCCGUAUGGCAAGAAAAACGCUUCGAAGUCGCAGCCCGCUCGGGUAGCUCUCAUUGGCGCCCGUGGAUAUACCGGCCAGGAGCUAAUCCGCCUUCUGGACCUGCACCCGAACCUGGAGCUGGUGCACGUCUCAUCCCGAGAGCUUGCAGGGAAGAAACUCGAGGGAUACAACAAGGCGGAUGUCACGUACGAAAACCUCAGCCCGGACGACGUUCGAGACAUGGAGAAGCGUGGUGAAAUUGACUGCUGGGUCAUGGCCCUUCCUAACGGCGUGUGCAAGCCGUUUGUGGAUGCCGUCUACGAAGGGCGCAAGUCGUCCAGCCACAAGAGCGUCAUUGUGGAUCUUUCGGCUGACUACCGGUUUGACAAUUCAUGGACGUACGGUCUUCCAGAGCUUGUUCCUAGGGCCAACCUGGCGCAGGCUACGCAGAUCGCGAAUCCUGGAUGCUAUGCUACGGCAGCCCAGCUGGGAAUAUCGCCGCUUGUGGAGCACCUUGGUGGGAUGCCCCACGUGUUCGGCGUGUCGGGAUACUCGGGCGCUGGCACCAAACCAUCCCCCAAGAACGACGUUGGGUUCCUUACCGACAAUAUCAUCCCCUACAGUUUGACGGGCCACAUCCAUGAGCGCGAAGUAAGCAGCCAGCUGGGCGCAAACAUUGCCUUCGUCCCCCAUGUUGCUGUCUGGUUCCGCGGCAUUCACCACACCAUCUCUAUUCCCCUGAACAAGACCAUGACAUCUCGUGAUGUUCGCCAAAUCUACCAAGACAGAUACGCUGGUGAGAAGCUUGUCAAGGUGGUCGGCGAGGCCCCUCUGGUCAAGAACAUUAGCGGAAAACACGGUGUCGAGAUUGGCGGCUUUGAGGUCGACAAGACAGGAAAGCGAGUUGUUGUCUGCGCGACAAUCGAUAACCUGCUGAAGGGGGCUGCUACACAGUGUCUACAAAACAUGAAUCUCGCCCUGGGCUAUGCGGAAUACGAGGGUAUUCCAGUUAUGUGA